AACAUGGGUGCUGGAGAUCCAGCAGAGCUGUGCUGAAAUACUGUGCUCAUCAGCCAGCUUGUCAACAGGGCUUCAUCACAGCUAUUAUCCUAUUGCCCUAAGCUUGGCUCUUCUCCUUUUUUUCUUCCCUUUUUUAAGAGCAGUACUCCUCCUAGUGGUUACAUGCAGGAGGAAAAGCAUGCAGGGAUUUUGGUGGUGACUUGGGAUGACAAAGGAGGGGAGGAGGCUGAUGAAAGCUGGCUUUCAACAAGGGAGAGACAAGCUAACUACUGAACAAAGCUACGAAAGCAAUGACAUCUGCUUUCCUCCUUGCACUACCCAGAAACCACUCACUAUAAUGAAACACAAAGGGAUUCUCAAUAGGCUGAAAUAAGAGAUAAGAAGCAGCUGUGUGGCAGAGCAGAAGCACAGCCUUCUUCCCGCUAAGAGGCCAAAGCGAUGACGAUGAUGACCAUAGAGUCACCAGAUCUAUGACUCAGUCUGAUUUGGAGAACGGGUAAACAAAGCUGACAUAAUGCUUUUUGUGUUCUUCCCAGCUACAGAAGCCCCAGGGUACAAGCACAGACAGAGGGCAUGACAGACCUGAGCGUGAACUGAUCCCCCAAGAGCAGGAGAUCUUGCUUGGAACAAAGGUUUGGAUGAAACGGAGGGACCUACAGAGGAAAUCAGAAAGCUCACAGACCAUCUCCCAGCCUGCACUGUCUGUUGAGCUGUCCUGGUUGCAAAGCCUGAGGGCCACACUCAGUCAAGUUCUUUGCAAAGCUUGAAGAUGGGGUUCAGCUGGACGGAGCUGACAAUCCCACUGCUAGAUGCCAAAUCUGUACCCUCUCUUGUAUAAACAUGCCUGACAAACAACAAACAAAAGGCAACCCGAUGAAUCCUCACUAUUGCUUGCUUAUUUCCUGUACUCUAUUUAUUAAAUGUUGAUACAGUUGUAUUUUUGCAGCCUGUGAGCAUGUUCAGGAUGGAGCUGUUUACUGCACUGGCCUUUUGUUCUGGGCACUGCACUCAGAGAAAGAUUGCAAGCUGUCAACAGCCACUGACACUGACAAACAGCUUACCUUCAACUCAUCCAGUGUAUUUAAUAUAUGUUUCAAAGUAGGCAUCCCCAAAGUAUACCAUCUCAGGGAUGGAAGGUGAAAGCAGUAGGAGAAAGAAUAACAAGUACAGAGAACAUACAGUACACAGAGAAAACCUGGUCAAAGGCUCUAGGACUUCUGAAGAGAAGAAAAGAGGUUAUACCCAUUUGGGCUUUGGCCAGGAUAUGGAGACAUGUUGUAAAAGACAUUUUGCUUUCUAUGCAGUAAAUGAAUAAUCUAGUUUCCUUGGGGGGAGGGGUAAUUAUGGCAAACUUGGUUGGUGAACUCUGAGGAAUGGAACAAGAAAGCAGCACCAGCCCAGGGCACUGUUGCUGGGUGCACUAUGAGAAGUUUGUUCAUGUUUGCCUGCUGAAUUCCUGAGUUUUAUCAACACUGGUAAUGGUGUUAAAUUAAUCUGCUGCAGUGACACAGAGAUCCCAGAUGGACUCUGAAAGAUUCAGCUCCCCCAAGUCAUUUGCUUUGGGAUUUAAAAGCAGUCUGAGAGAGCAGAAAGCUCAGAACUUUGCUUCCCCAGCAGGUUACACUAUUCACAGCCCUCAGCUGAGCCCAAGGAGCAGCAACAAGACAAGAAAGGCCAGACUUCGUGGCCAUACAAAGCACUUAUUUUGGUCUCUCAUUCAAAUGCAUACCUUCAAACAACAGCACAGUGCUACCUGGAUCGUGACCACCAAAUGACUGUGGCAUACCUGCAAUCAGUUGCAGCAAAUCAGAUAUGCGUCCUACAGCAGCUAUAUUGAGAUUAAUUAGCAUGUUCUAUGGCUAACUGGGGGACAUCAGACUUCAGCACCAUCAUUCCUGGCUCUGUCCUUUGCACUCUUACAAUAUUUUAAAUUUCUUGUCCUGAGCUCCUAUCCCAUGCUAAGCUUUAGCUCAUUUUAAGAACUAUUAUUUUUUCCAGGAGAUGAAUAAAUCUGGUUCUUCCCCUCUGGCCCCACGCUUGAAUUGGCUGUCACUAUGCUACUCUUCAGAAAGGGGAGUUGAAAAAUAAAUAAGACAAUUCUAGCAGCUAGUGGCAAAGCCACAUGAGAAGCCCAGUUCCAAAAUUUGGGACUUAAAACUAUAAAGAAACGCAACUACAUCUCUGGUAACUGAAACCAGCAUCAGUGGGAACACCUCGCCUCACUAAUGCUUGCUCUAUUUUAAAUAUGUUGCUUGUUUGUUCUGUACAUUUUCUUAAAGCUGUGCUUGGAGAGCCUCCAUACACUGACAGUCCAUCCCACAAACCCUCCAUAGUUCUGCUUAUGGACUCCUUCAAACAAUCCCCUCUGGAGCUGAGAGGAACUUUGACUGGAGUGCUGAGCGUGGAACUCAACCUGCGCUUGUGGGACAUUUGCCUUGGGCUCCUCACACAGGAGGAAGGAAUGGCAGGGAGGUGAGUCAUUCAUUAACUCGAUAAGAAGAUUCCGUAUGAUUUGUGUUCUCCUAUGGAAUGUGUACGUGUGACUGAUUAAUCUUAAUGGAGACUCUGUGCUGAAGGGAAGAUAAAGCCUCUGGAAUCUCUCACGCAAUAAAGUAUCUUGUUCAUUCUUGCUGUAGGACAGAGACUGUUUAGUACAACUCCCUGCAUAGCUUACUACUGCACUAAGACCUCCUCCCCCCCAGAUAUAAUGCACCCUUUUGAAGACAGUCAAUUAAAAAUACAAUACAAGAGCUAUUGAAUGACUCCUUUGUUCUUGGUGGCAGUAAGGACAAAUCGGUUCAGUGGAAUGAGAAGCAUAGGUAGAGAAGCUGAAAUUCAUCUCGAUUUUAAGUGGUUAAAAAUAAGCAUUCUUCCCAUGCCUUCACAGUCUGGUUCAUACUCCCAACCUUGCAAAAAUCAAAUAUAUAGCCAGAAAGACAUCAGCCUCAAUAACAGCCCCUUGCCUCACUUUUUCCUCUUCCCCCCUUUAACUCCUUUGAGUUCUUCCACACUACAAACAGUGAGAUUAGGGACAGCUUUUGCAAAGUGAAGCAUGCCUCUGUACCGGCCACAAACACACGAGUUCCUCCUCCAGCUCCUCAGCAGCAGCGCUUGGAGGACACAGGGCUGCCUCCAGCAGCAAACCCAAAAGGCACAGCAAACCCAGAAGGCUGUACCAAGCAGACUCGAGGUAAUGUCCUCUGGUCGCACCAGCAAAGGGUCAGUCGGACAUUAGGAAACAUAUUCUCAGAUAGAGCAGUGUGGAGGUGGGCACUGAGGGGUGUGGGCAGUGGGCACGGUGGUGUGGGUUGGACCCGUGGAUCUACUUGAUCUUUUCCCAUCUCGAUGAUUCUGUGAUUAUCUCGAGGCUGGUUUUAGGUCUCUUUUUCUUAUCGAGUCUAAUUUUUUUUUCCAGAAACUUUCACAGCGCCGUUACACCCCGCUCCGCUCCCGGCCGCCAUUUUGGGCCCGCUCCCUUAGCAACGCAACAACACUUCCGUUGCUAUGGCAGAACGCAUCUCAAUAAAAUUUGUCCCUCCCCGCUGCCCGUCCCGGCCUCCCUUACUCUCACCCUUCCGGCUUAACGCUGAUUGGUGUUCGACGCUUGACGUCACCCUGGCGCCUGCGCCCGGCCCAAUCGGAGGCGGCGCGCGUGGCUCAGCGCGGCGUGGGUCCCGCGGUGCAGCCGGCGGCGGGGCGGCGCCAUGUCCUGGCUUUUCGGCAUCAACCGCGGCUCGACCCCGGCGGGCGGCGGCGACGCGGGGCAGGGCGGAACCGGGUUGACCCUGCCGCCGGGUCCGGGUGGUGGCGGCGGGCCGGCGGGCGGCGGAGGGGCGGGGGAUCGCAGCACGCCCAAGGACAAAUGGAGCAACUUCGACCCCACGGGCCUGGAGCGGGCGGCCAAGGCGGCGAGGGAGCUGGACGCGUCCCGCCACGCAAAGGAUGCACUCAGCCUGGCCCAGAUGCAAGAGCAGACCCUGCAGCUGGAGCAGCAAGCCAAGCUGAAGGAGUACGAAGCUGCCAUAGAACAACUGAAGAAUGAGCAGAUACGGGUACAAGCAGAAGAGAGACGAAAAACACUCAGUGAGGAAACAAAACAGCAUCAAGCAAGAGCCCAAUACCAGGACAAAUUGGCACGGCAGCGCUAUGACGAACAGAUGCGACAGCAGCAACUUGCUAAUGAAGAGAAUCUGAGGAAGCAGGAAGAAUCUGUACAGAAGCAGGAAGCCAUGAGGCGUGCCACAGUAGAACGCGAGAUGGAGCUGCGGCAUAAGAACGAAAUGCUGCGUGUUGAAGCAGAGGCAAGAGCUCGUGCCAAAGCUGAGAGGGAAAAUGCAGACAUCAUCCGGGAGCAGAUCCGCUUAAAAGCUGCAGAGCAUCGCCAGACAGUGCUGGAGUCCCUCAAGACAGCAGGGAUGCUCUUUGGGGAAGGAUUCCGUGCCUUUGUGACAGACUGGGAUAAGGUCACAGCCACGGUGGCAGGCCUAACCUUGCUGGCUGUGGGAGUUUACUCUGCCAAGAAUGCCACUGCAGUAGCAGGACGAUACAUAGAAGCACGUUUGGGUAAACCUUCUCUGGUGAGAGAGACCUCACGCAUCACUGUGCUGGAGGCCCUGAAGCAUCCUAUCAAGGUUGGUAAGCGUCUCACCAGUAAGGCUCAGGAUGCCCUUGAAGGAGUUGUUCUCAGUCCCCAAUUAGAAGCACGUGUGAGAGAUAUUGCCAUAGCAACAAGAAAUACAAAAAAGAACAAAAGCCUAUACAGGAAUAUUCUGAUGUAUGGCCCUCCUGGCACUGGAAAGACACUUUUUGCCAAGAAAUUAGCUGUGCACUCAGGCAUGGAUUACGCCAUCAUGACGGGUGGUGAUGUUGCCCCUAUGGGGCGGGAAGGAGUGACUGCCAUACAUAAGCUCUUUGAUUGGGCAAACACCAGUAGGAGAGGCCUCUUGCUAUUUGUGGAUGAAGCAGAUGCAUUUCUGCGGAAGAGAGCCACGGAGAAAAUCAGUGAAGAUCUCAGAGCAACGUUGAAUGCAUUCCUGCACAGAACAGGGCAGCACAGCAACAAGUUUAUGCUUGUUUUAGCAAGCAACCAGCCUGAGCAGUUUGACUGGGCUAUCAAUGACCGAAUAGAUGAAAUGGUGAACUUUGAUCUGCCCCAGCUAGAAGAGCGAGAACGGCUCGUGAGGAUGUAUUUUGAUAGGCAUGUCCUGAAACCAGCCACAGAGGGUAAACAACGUUUGAAGCUGGCCCAGUUUGACUAUGGCAAAAAGUGCUCGGAGAUUGCCAGGCUGACAGAGGGCAUGUCUGGCCGAGAGAUCUCCCAGCUUGCUGUGGCAUGGCAGGCUGCUGCUUAUGCGUCAGAGGACGGCGUUCUGACCGAGGCCAUGAUCGAUGCUCGGGUCGCUGAUGCUGUGCAGCAGCACAGGCAGAAGAUGGAGUGGCUGAAAGCAGAGGGCACAGAAACGAGCAAAGAAGGCAUCAGAACCCCACUGUUGCCUUUCCCCAAAGGAACACCGGUGUGAGAAACACCUGCAGACCGGUGUGGGUGGGGAUGUGGGCAGAGGAGAAGAGUGGGGAGUGUCUUUUUGGGUGGAAUCAUGUGAGAAACGUGCCCCUUGGUGCAAGGGAAGGGGGGGGGAGUGCUGCCUUGGUCUGCCUUUCAUUUCAUGUUGGAAAUAGGAAAAAUGGUUGAAAUAAGGCAGAAAUAAUGGUAUUAAAGGACCCCCUUGCUCAAA